UGCAGUCAACGAUUUGCUUUUUCAGUUUCGUCAGUCAGUUCGACAGUAGUUCCUAUUUGAAUGAUUCUUUUAUCUGACAGUGAACCGCGAUUGGAUGAUUUGUUUGACGCAAUGUAAUUUAUGGUUAAAAGAACUUACCUUAAGUGAAUUUCAACCAAAAUUAUACUUCGAUGUUACAUCCUCUAGAUUUAACUUUACCAUGUAGAUGUUGAGCGUUGUGAGUUGCCGACCCAACCUGCAGUUUGUUUGAUAACUUCAAUAGAAAUACCAGAUCUACGCGCGGCAGAAGUAGUCGCGUGACGAGUGCUGUGGGCCGUGAAUAUGAGAGAGGGCGCUACUGUGCGCAUGUAAACAUCGGCUCCGUAGAUAAAUAAACUUUAAAAAUAGCUCAAGUGUUUAAGUAGUGAUAAAAAGUGAAUAAAACUCAAGUUAAUAAAGACCUUCAGUGAAUAAAAGUGUAGUACAAGUCUUAACUUCAUCUAUUCUCAAAAAAAUUCAAUUUCUGCCAAAUAACGACCAAAUUUCAAAUGUGUGAAAAAAAGCCGCGCAAUAUUUAGAAACACAUCACCUGAGGUUUCAACUACCGAAAACAAACUUCGGGUCAAGUAUCUAUCACCAUAAAAAGGUACGCAGAUUCACUCUAAAUUGUAUGAUUGAGAAAUACCUAUAAAAAGCAAUUUAAAAGUGAACGAGAUUAAAUAUAGAAUUGUUAAAAGCGCCAUCUGUUGAUGAGUAGCAAGCCCCAAAAAGUUUCGAUUCAAUAAACUUAGAAAAAUAUCCAAUAGAGGGCGUUGUUGUAAAAAUGGCUCUAAUAUGUGCUGGUUGUAACGAAAACGUACCAAACACCGAUUACCUAACCUGUUCAUUAUGUAACAGUAUAUAUGACUUAGAGUGUGCCAAUAUCAAUAAAGAGCGCUUCAAAAUAAUGGUGGAAACAAGGGGCAUCGAAACCUGGAAUUGCUUAGCUUGUUACUGCAAAAUACCUAAGCGAGGCAACAUUAACACACCCAUACGCCCGCAAGAAUAUGAUGAACGCCCAAUAACCUCACCACCGGAAAUAAAUAACGUCACAAUUAGGAGAACAACAAAACCUAUGAAUGAUACAAUCUGUUCCUUGGAUCUAAGCCUACUGGGUGACACAAUAAACAUGCAAGAUGGAGGUAAAACACCUCAAUCCAUUACACAAACACAAACAGAACUAACACUGCAGAACAUAGGCGAAAUGAUAAUGUUCCGAUUAAAAGAAAACAAUAGAGAAAUUAUCACCGAAUUACAGAAUACUAUCCAAACAGAGAUAAACAAGGCCAUAUCAAAGUUAAGACAAGAUUUUGAACGCGAAACCAGUUGCUUACAAAGUCAAAAUGAAGAGAGGAAAAUAGACAUACAACAUGUAAACACAGAAAUAGAUAAUUUAAAAACUGAAAAUGAAAAGUUAAAAACUGAAAUAGAGAACUUGAAGAAACAACAAAGAACAAACACUUACCAAAAGAAUUGUACUGAAAGCUAUUCUAAGAAAAUAGUAUUAUAUGGAUUUGAUGAAUAUAAGGAAUCUGUGAAUAACCUACACAUGAGAUUAAUCGCCCUUUUUCGUGAAUUUAUGAACAUUGACCUGAUGGGGUACAUCGAGGAAACCUAUAGGAUUGGCAAACGAAGCUCGAAAAACCGACCAUUAGUGAUAGAAAUAUUAAGCAAAAGGAUGGUAUCGUAUCUAAAGGAAAACAGCUACGUCUUUCAAGGCACUAGACUAUCUUUAUCGGAAUUCUUAGAUGAUGAAGCACGAAGAGAUAGGAAAUUGUUGCGCGAAGAAAUGUUGAAAGCCAGAAAGCAAGGACUUCAUGCAGUCAUCCGCGAUAAUCAACUAUUCAUCAAUGGAAAAAUUACGAAAAAUACAGAUAAUACAACCGACAGCCAAAUAAACACAAAUAAAUGGAAUACACAAGACCACACAGACCUAUCAUCUUCUCAAACCACCACAAACAAUUUUUUUCGCCGCUUCACUGACUCAGGAGAUAGAAGCAGAACCCCUCGAAAACAAAGACCAACAAUUUAGAAUAUUAUUUCAAAAUGUCCAAAGCCUAUUCAAUAAACAACACUUAUUGGAGGACUUCAUUCAACAGGCACCAAAAUACCAUGCUAUAUGUGUAUCGGAAACCUGGCUAUCAAAAGAAAGACAGGACCUAAUAAAUUUUAGUGGCUACAAGAUUGCAGCUUCAUUCUGCCGAAAAACUCAUGCUGGUGGAGGCGUCUGUAUACUUCUACAAGAACAUAUAGAAUACUUAGAGAGAAGUGAUAUAACAGACUUGUCAGUUGAAUAUAUAAUAGAAGUGUGUGCAAUAGAAUUACGAUUAGAAAAUUUAUUAUUAAUAAUUAUUUACUGGAAUAGGAGAGAG